AUGGAAUCUAACUCACUGGCCCCAGCCUUGUACAUCACGGGAUUAGGAUCGCAAUAUCCCCCCUAUCUGUUGAGGCCCGAGGACCUUGAGAAACUUACAGCGCGCUUUCACGAUGUGAGCCGUCCGGGAAUCAAAAAGCUUCUCCGGCUCAACCGCUCAACGGGUAUUGAGACCAGAUCUGCAAUUCGACCGUACGGGGUAGGAUUUGCAACGCAAACGGAUGCACCUUCAAUCAGUGAAAUCGACCAGUUCUUCCGUGAAGCCGGGGUCAAUCUCGCCGUUGAAGCAUGUAGGAAGGCUCUCGAAGAAGCACAUGUGACUCCCGAGCAGAUCACUCACACGAUCGCGGUUACCUGUACCAACCAAGGUAACCCGGGGUACGACUUUAUAGUAGCCCGUAAAUUGAACCUCCCAUCCAAUGUCGAUCGCAUGCUUCUCCACGGCGUUGGGUGUGCGGGUGGGCUGUCCAUAUUGCGGGCCGCAGCGCAGAUAGCCGGUGGGGCAAGCCUGCGACGGAAACCGGCUCGCAUUUUGGCAUUCGCUUGUGAGCUGUGUACGCCCAAUGUGCGACGAUAUCUGUCGUUGGCAGAGGUCACUCCCGAUUCGGAUCCAGCCAACAUUGCAGCGGUCUUGUUCUCAGAUGCCGCGGCCGCUUUUGUUCUCUGUAAUGAGUAUGCUAUAGCUCAGGACGAUCAAGUCACUCCUCAGUACAGGCUUCUGGAAUGGGGUCAUGAUUUGAUUCCGGAUACCGCUGAGCAUAUGUCAUUUUAUGCGGAUGUGAAUGGGAUCCGCGAUUUCGACUGGGCCUUGCAUCCCGGGGGAAAGUCAAUCAUAGAUGGCGUAGCUCAAAUUUUGCAAUUGUCUGAAGAUCAACUACAGGAUCCCUAUUAG